GUCAGGGACUGAAACUGCAUCCUAGGCAUGUGCCCUGACCUGGAAUUGAACCUGGUGACAUUUUUGGUUUUCGGAAUGACGUCCAGCCAACUGAGCCAUGCUGGUCAGGGCUAAUUUAGUGAUUUUAGUGAGAGAGACGGGGGAGAGAGAGAAACAUCUAUUUGUUUUACAUGUUUAUGCACUCAUAGGUUGAUUCUCGUAUGUGCCCUGACCAGGGAUUGAACCUUCGACCUUGACAUAUUGGGAUGACUUUCUAACCAACUGCCUAGCCAGGGCCAUUAUAUAUGACUUGAAAACAAGGGACAGAGUCACCAUCCCGCCCCUGGCUUUCUGCAUUCCUGGCACACAGGGAUGUCUUCUAGGCCUUGAAGGCUUCAAGACUUAAGUGACCACAAAAAGCAACAGGGAUUCAUUCCCCUUACCAUCGCCCUCACCCCCAUCUGUGCCCUGGAGAGGAGACCGGAAAGUCCUGAGGAAGCCCAGCCUACUUCCUGGCCUGCUCUGGAGUAAGGAGGUGGGAGCAGUAGUUUUCUCCCCAGGUGCCCCUGGUCAACCUCAAAUAACAAGGCAAAUCCCUUCCAUUUGUUUCCUGCUUACAAGAACACCUUUUGCUGCAGCGGAGAUCAUCUUGUUAUCCAUAACACAGGCAGAUAUUAAAUAGGGCUCUCGCCACGUGUCAGGCACUGUGCUAAGCAUGUUAGAUGCUCAUGAAACCUCUAAAAGUAAAACCAUGAAAAAACAGGUACAGAGAGAUCUAGUAAUGUGCCUGAAGCUACACCACUAGUGUGGAAGCAAAGGUUCUCCCCAGGAUGACCCUAGAAGUGGCCCUUUACUAAGGAAGGACCCAUCUUCCUAAUCCUCAAUGUAGUCCUCUUGAAAUGGAACUGGUUACCGAAAUCAAUCUCUAAUCCAUGGAAGUAUAGAGGAAUAGCUCUCUGGAGGGAAAUGAGAGGUGUGGAGGUGUACACGAGAGUUCUUACAGCUCUUACACCUAUAAGCAUCUCCUGUUCCAGCAGGCCCUCCCCCCCCACCCCACACACACAGGUCUUCUGUAAAUACCAUUCCCCUCCCCAUUAGCCCAUUGGGACCAAUAAGUGAGAACCACCUGCAUUUCACAAAGUGGGUAGGAGGAUUAACGAGUUAAAAGACCUGCCCAAGGCACUGGCCUUGAGCUGUGGUAUCCCUGGGAGCCUGGGUUACAUAUUAAAUGCCCCCACAUAACAAUGCAGGGAAGGGGCGUGGUGAUGGGCCUAUGAACUCAGAGUUUAGUGGAGGGAGGAGGCACUAUCACAGUCCAGAUAGAAAGUAGCAGAUGCCUUCGUUUGGGACUGAUCUUUAACGGGUCUAGGUGGGGGAUCCCAGACCGGGGAAGCUGGUUCAGGGGUUCUGGAGGCUCGGUUGGCUUUGUCAGGACCCAGAGUGAGCCAGUGGCUGGUCAGCAGGGCACGUGGGCGAAAAAGAUUUCUUCCUGGGAGGCGGGGAAGACAAGGCCACCUUUAUCGCCUUUUCAAAUCUGGGGCCCGAGAAAAGGUAACGGGGUAAACUACAACUCCCAGAAGCGUCUGCUCCCCGAAGACAAGGACGGUUGUCAUGGUUUCAGAAAACAAUAUGGCCGCUCCCAGCUGGGAGGGGCGUCUCCGGAUUAAAGAGUCUGAGGCAAAUCUGGGCUCCGGCAGUGGUAAGGGAGGAGGCGCUUGAGCGAUCGAGAGUUUGAGGCGGGACGCUGUACGGCUGGAACGAUUUGCCUUUGCUGAGGGCGCCAAUGGCGGGCAGCGUGGACGAGGAGGCGCUGCACCAGCUGUACCUGUGGGUAGACAACAUCCCUCUGUCCCGGCCAAAGCGAAAUCUCUCCCGGGACUUCAGUGACGGAGUCCUGGUUGCAGAAGUCAUCAAGUUUUACUUCCCCAAGAUGGUGGAGAUGCACAAUUAUGUCCCUGCCAAUUCUCUCCAGCAGAAGCUCAGCAACUGGGGUCACCUGAACAGGAAGGUGCUGAACAAGCUGAACUUCUCAGUACCAGAGGAUGUGAUGCGCAAGAUCGCACAAUGCACCCCAGGUGUGGUGGAGUUGGUGCUCAUUCCGCUGAGACAGCGCCUGGAAGAGAGGCAGAGGCCCAGGAAGCAGGGCUUGGGCUCCUUACAGGAGCUGGCUCCCCAGGAUGGCACUGGCUACAUGGAUGUGGGUUUGUCUCAGAAGGCUCGAGGGGAAGGUGCCCCAGAUCCCCAGGGAGGGGGGCAGCUCAGGGCGGGGCGGCUGCCUGUGCCUCCGCCUCCUGGGUAUAGCCAGGUGCUGCACGGCGACCCAAGCGUUGUCCUUCAGAUUGCUGAAAAGGAGCAGGAGUUGUUGGCCUCACAGGAGACCGUUCAAGUCCUCCAGAUGAAGGUGAGACGCUUGGAGCACCUGCUGCAGCUCAAGAACGUGCGCAUCGAUGACCUCUCCCGGCGGCUCCAGCAGGCGGAGCGUAAGCAGCAGCGCCUUUAAACUGGGACAUCGGCCUUUUUUUUUUUUCUGCCUUUGGACUCCAAUUGAAACACGGAUUCUUCCUGGGUCUUGAGCCUGCCAGCCUAUGGACUGGAACUUAAUGAUGGACUCUCCCAAGUCUCCAGCUUGCAGACUCGUCCUACAGAUCUUGCAGCUUGCCAGCCUCCAUGUUGCCUGUGCUAAUUCCUCUCUGUCUCCCAUUGGUUCUGUUUCUCUGGAAAAUCUUGACUGAUGCAAGAUUUUUCCGUAUCAGUACAUUGAAAAUUUCCUCUGCUUUUAAAGCUCUAUUGUUUGUAUCAAAUAAAAUUCUGUUGUCUGUACCAAA